AACAAGGUGUUGUGCAUGUUGUUGCUGACAAUCAUGAAUUCUGCAACAUCUUUUUCAGACAGUUCUUGUCAGUUUGGGUUUAAUUUACUCUCAGGAUCAUGGGAACUCACUCAGAACAUUUUUGAGAACCUAAGUUUCCGAGAGGUAUCAAGAUUUCGGUCUGUGUGUAGGACUUGGGCAGAUGUUGGAGCCAAAAUAUUAGAAAAACGUCGGAAGCUUCAUUACCUGACUAUACAUCCACACAGCAUACCCACAACAGAGGGCAAAGUGGCCUUGGGAGAAGCCUCACCAAGUAGUCUGUUUGAGGGCUUCUUUAACCAUAUUGUAAGCAAGCCCAGUUACUGUAUUGCAUUUUGUAGUGAAGAUUGGCUAAGCAAGCCAGAUGUGUUUAAUAUCAAGGAGGAGAAGGGAAAUUUGACGCUUCUUGAGUAUAUAAGUGUCCUUCCACCUACUUGUGAACUUGGGCUAGUGUCUGCCACAGGAGUAAUAGGAACUGUUGAAAACAACUUUCAAGGCCAUUGGCUUGAGUCAGCCACCAAUAUGAAUCAAGAAAUAUUAUCCUAUCUCUGUAGUAAAGAAAAAGAAAAACAUAAGCUUAAUAAAUGGUGUAAGAGAUCAAAUAAUUCAGAGGAAAUAGAGGGCAAAGAGGAAGAAGAAACAUCACAGAGCACUUCAUCCCAAAGUGCAUCAUCACUUAAUGUAUCACAAAAUACAAUAUCACAAAGUAGUUCAUGCAGUUCAUCAUCAGGUGAUGCAGUCACUGCUAUGAAAAACAGUGACAUUGUUAAACGGUCUAGUGUUGGAUACAGCAUUGAGGUAGAAGGGAUAAUACAAUCACAUCGGCAAGCAGAUGCUGUCUUGUUGCUUAUUCCACACCAUCCUGGAGUUCAGCUGAAAUUCUUCAAACUUUGUGAGGAGACAUUCUUCAAGGAUUAUCGUAAAGAUGAAGAUGCAAGUUGUGACAACCUUACCAUCACUGGUAGUGAGUUCAACCAAAUGACAUCUGUGUCACAGGAUGACCGAGUCAAAGCCUUACUCAUAUUUGAUGUUGGCCUUGAUGAAGGCUUCACAGAAGCUUUCAUUCAUUCAGCUCUGCUCAGGCAAAAUCAUAAAUUGGCUCUUGGAGGUGGUGUUGCUGAUAGUGUGCAUACUGGCAAGAAUACUUCGUUUAGCCAGAGUAGUUUUGGUAUUGCGAUAUGUGGACCAAAUGUAAUGGCGGCUUCAGUCGUUAUACCAAAAUACAUUAAUAACCCCAAGGGUUUGGAUGACUUUAUGAAAGAGGUAAGUUCAUGUCUGUUAUUUGUUGAUAAAAUAUUUCUUGUGAUGUAAAUGGUUUAUAAAACCGACAAGUUGAAGAAUGAGACACUGUUGCAACAUUUGGGACUCUUUGUUGAGGAAAUGCUUUGCCAGCCAGUGACUUCUUCAGUCCAUUACUGAGAAGAACUGCGUGUCAUUCUUCAAAAUAUUUAAUGAUUUCUGAUUUUGUGGGAAUAGUUUAUAAAGGCAAUAAAGUAGAUGAGAAGCACCAGAUGGACAAAUUAGUUUUUUUUUUGGAAAGUUAAAACUAAAAAUUAAGUCAAUUUUUUAAUGUCAACACCCUUCAUGUUAAUAAUUUAUCAGUAUAAAUAUUCAGUUAUUUUAAAAAUAUAUUAGUUACGAUGUCUUGUGACCAGGGUUUCCAUAGGUCAGAAGAUGGUGGCAUUGCACAGUACUGUAGUUGCAUUUGAGAUGACCCUUGUACAUAGCAUGUGGGACAGAAAUAGAGCCAUUACUUAUUUUAUUUAAGUAUCAGUACUGUAUUAUCAAGUCUUAAUAAAGGUUACAUUCUGGUGAAACAUUGUCUCUCAUAGGCUCUUUCUCGGUAGUUUGUUUUGUUUUUCUAAGACUAAAGCUGUAAGUUUAAUUAUAUUGUACUGUACAUAGUUAAAUACAUGCCAAAUGUGUACAUGGUUAUAUUGUAUUAGAAUAACAGGUUAUUGGUAACAAGAAUCUUCUUCUUCUUUCAACACACCGGCCGUAUCCCACCGAGGCGGGGUGGCCCAAAAGGAAAAAACUAAAGUUUCUCCUUUUACAUUUAGUAAUAUAUACAGGAGAAGAGGUUACUAGCCCCUUGCUCCUGGCAUUUUAGUCGCCUCUUACAACACGCAUGGCUUACGGAGGAAGAAUUCUGUUCCACUUCCCCAUGGAGAUAAGAGGAAAUAAACAAGAAUAAGAACUAGAAAGAAAAUAGAAGAAAACCCAGAGGGGUGUGUAUAUAUGUGCUUGUACAUGUAUG